AUGGUCACGUUCCGGGGUAAAUUGCACUCCAAAAAUACGCUGGCGCCUUUUUGUUUUUUAAAAGUAUAUGUGGUUGUUAAUAGUUUCGGUUCAAAGUUUAAUUUUCUGAUAUUGUUUUCGAAGUUGAAUUUAUCGCUUUCUUUCUCAGAGGUGGACGUGUGAAUUAUUAUAUUUCCAAUCUGAUUUUGAAAUUGAUCAUCUUGUUUUGGAGCUGUUUUUCGAAAUUUUUAAAAUUAUACAGUGGUUUUAUGCGCAGAGUAGCUUUUUUUUUGUAUCUUUAUACAUUUUUGCCGUCUAAAGUGGAAACAUUUUUGGUGACUUUUGCAAGGAAUACAAAGCAUAAAACAGGAAAGGUUUCCUUUUCCCCACCCCCGCCUUCAUAUCACAUGUCCCCGAUAACUGUAUAUGCUCUUUUAUCAUCUCCAAACCUUCUGAUCUUUUUUUAUCACAACAAAAGAUGUGGGCCUGCGUGGAAACCGGAGUUACAAUCUAACCGAACUUUUAGACAAGUGCUUUCUUAGGGUUCACAAUGGAAAACGUCAUCGAUUCUGUGGCCAACAUCUUCGACAGCAAUCAUGCGGGCAUGUUGAAGAGGUUGCAGAUGAAAAUGAGGUUCAAUACCAACAGGAGUGCCGCCAGAAUAAAGGUACCGAUUUUCGUGAGCGUCUUAUAAUUUAGGUUUUGUUUUGGCUUUAUACCAAACGAGUGAAGUCUUGAGAUUUUCAUAAAUUUUAUUUUGAGAGGUCAAAGUGUUGUUGUAGGCUGACGAACGAUGUGCCGAGACCGCGUUAAAAGCGAUAGUAAAGCGACUGCGGAAAAGCAAAGAAGCCCUCGAACAACUGGAACGUGCCAUCACUUCCGAAGACCCCUCAACUGCGUGUGUUAUGUACAAAGUGUAAGUCUUAAUUUUUUUGUCAUCUUUAGAACAAUGACAACUAAAAUUAUUUUUAUUUUUGAGAAAACGAAAGAUUAUCCAAUGACUUUUUAAUUUUAAGAUUUGUUUUAUCCAUUUUUUGUUCAUCUUAAAAUUUGAAUAUUAAAAUUUGUAAUUUUUAGAUCGAAAGACGAGAUCAAGCCCGUCGGAAGUAUGAUGAAGAACUUCCCGCACUACACUUACUGUAAAUUGUUUCGCUUCCCCGACCUCGUUACCCAUCAUCAAGUCCGCAGUCUCCCUCAUUGCCUGUAUCCUUUCAAUAAACACAUGAAAAUGGAGGAUUUCUGUGUCAAUCCCUAUCACUAUGAGCUCAUCGAAAACCCCAGUAAGCUCCUUUAUAUCUGAUUCGGUUUUUAGUGCAGAACCAGCUGUAUUAUGGAGAAUCUAAAAUCUUUUCCUUACAGAAAUCCCCGACGUUAUUGUGCCCACUUCAACGAACCGAUUGCAUCCCCAGGAUAAAGAGCGGCUUAUCAUUCUGAACGAAAAUAUUGAUCAGAUGUGUCCCCGAGGCGUCCCCAAUGUCAGUAUAUCCAGAAGAACCCUCACCGAUCCGAAUAGUUCGCAAUUCCAAGAAGACGAAGGGGAUAAGAGGAACGGAGAUGACACGGCGUCGAUCUCGUCGCGAAACGACGCCGUCUCCCCGCAAAGUAGCAACGGGUUCUCGCCCCGAGGCUAUAUGACGGACGAUAUGGACACGGACGUGCAGAGUCCCUGUUCCACCAGAUCCGGUGACAUCUUCAGUCCGAACCCCAUCUUGAAUUCCGACCCUCCUCAAGUGAAUAUGUACCCCGAGAGUCCGAGUAUUAGUGUGACGUCGCCCCAACCUCCCAUGAGCAAUGAUUCCCAAUGGAGUAAUCGGCCGAGCAGUGCCCAAUCACCCGUCAAUAUGAGUGCAGAAUACCAUGGAAUCCCCGAUCUGCUGAAUACAAUGACGAUGAGCAAUGGGGAAAGAGGUGAGCAUGUUUUCCGGAAGGUUUAGUUUAUUAAAUCAAGUCCUGAUUUCUAACUAACCAUGAAUUUUUGUAGCUUAUGUUCCAUUAUUCCCGAAUUAUCAGCAAUAACUUUUUUGAGUAUGAGUUCCCUGUAUUUUGACGCUUGUUCUUUAAUGAUUUUUACUCUUGAUUAAGCCAUAUUGUAAUCAUAUUUCUUUCAGCUAAAUGUGUUUCCGUUCAAUUUACCGAAUCCGUGUUCUGGUGCACCGUCGGUUACUACGAGUACACGACCUGUUGUUCCUCUGAAUUCAACGCUUCCAAAGCCUCAUUUGUGGUUGAUGGGUUCACCUCCAAAUCGGAUGAUGAACGGUUUUCCUUGGGCAAUGUGACCAACUCGAAGAGGACGAAUGCGGCCAGAAAGAUCCGAUCUUUUAUUGGGAAGGGUGCCCGACUGUAUUAUAUUGGAGGAGAGGUGUUCGUGGAGAAUAUGAGUGAUUAUCCCAUCUUCGUGCAAUCUCCCAUCGCUUCUCAUCGAUAUGGAUGGCAUCCGGCGACGGUUUGCAAGGUCCCACCUCGUAAGUGAAAGGUUAUAUUGUUCUGUUUUUGUGAAUGUAUACAUAACAAUUCCAUUCGAAUUUUGUAGGUACCGAAUUAAUAUUUAUUUCUUUACAUUUUUUGGUUCCAGAAUGCAACUUCAAAGUGUUCAAUAUGCCCGAAUUUGCGAAACUCUUGUCACUGGCCGUGAAGAAUGGAUUCGAAUCGACGUAUUCCUUGACCCGAAUGUGCAGCAUAAGGAUAUCGAUGGUGAAGGGUUGGGGGCGAGCGUAUCGUCGGCAUUCCGUCAACCAGACUCCAGCCUGGAUCCAAGUCCAUCUCACCGCGCCCCUCCAAUGGCUGGACCGGGUUCUCCUCGAGAUGGGCGGCCCUCCGGCAAGAUGCACCUCAUUUAGCUGA